AUGCUGGGCAGUAAGAAUCGCCUACUGACUGAGAAUGAUAGGAAGGAGCGGACUCCCCUGCAAGCUGGCGUAAUGCUGGGCAGUAAGGAUCACCUGCUGGCUGAGCAUGAUAGGAAAGAGCGGAAUUCCCCGCUAGCUGGCACAAUGCAGGGCAGUAAUGAUCGCCUGCUGGCUGAGAGUGAUAGGAAGGAGCGGACUCUCCUUCUAGCUGGCACAAUGCUGGGCAGUAAGGAUCGUCUGCUGGCUGAGCGUGAUAGAAAGGAGCUGACUCCCCUGCUAGCUGAGAAUGAUAGGAAGGAACGCCUACUGACUGAGAAUGAUAGGAAGGAACUGACUCCCAUGCUCACUGGCAUAAUGCUGGGCAGUAAGAAUCGCCUGCUGCCUGAGCGUGAUAGGAAAGAGCGGACUCCCCCGCUAGCUUGCACAAUGCUGGGCAGUAAGAAUCGCCUGCUGGCUGAGACUGAUAGGAAGGAGCGGACUCUCCUGUUAGCUGGCACAAUGCUGGGCAGUAAGGAUCGUCUGCUGGCUGAGAGUGAUAGAAAGGAGCGGACUCCCCCGCUAGCUGGCACAAUGCUGGACAGUAAGGAUCGCCUGCUGGCUGAGAGUGAUAGGAAGGAGCGGACUCCCCCGCUAGCUGACACAAUGCUGGGCAGUAAGGAUUGUCUGCUGGCUGAGCGUGAUAGAAAGGAGCGGACUCCCCUGCUAGCUGAGAAUGAUAGGUAG